UUGUUUUUUUUGUUUCCAGCAGUGUGUGUUUCACUAUGGGGAAGGGAUAAACAAACAGAGCGCAAUGGGUAGGAAAGCAGCAGUAACGGUGAACACAUCUCCGUUGGUGACUAAUACUAGUUAGAAAUAGAAACAGUGGCUUGUUAUAGGUUUCAGCAGGGUGUGCUCUCGUUAUUUAAACGGAUGCUGUCAGGGCGGAUGGCGAUGAAAAGAGCGAAAAUAGUUUGCUUGUUCACACUGAACACCUCAGUUGUAGCAGGCAGCCGGUGAUACAGGCUAGCCGUUAUUGAAGUCCGGACCUUUCUUCUCUCUUUGACGGGUUUUCGUGGCUAAAAAUGGAAAGAGGAAAACACUAACCCAGCGACAAUUAGCUUAUCAUAACACACUUUUUUUUUUCUUCAUUCAGUCAGCUUUAUUUCGGUCGUCAAAAAUGUUGACAGGAUCUAAAACCACGUUCAAAGUGCGACAAAUGCUCCCAGAUAUCAAGGAGAGGAUGCUGAGUCAGAGUGGGGUGAACGCAAGGAGUCGAGAUGUGUUUGGGCUACGCUGCCUACCAGGUGAGUGUGUACUUCAGAGAGCUGUUAUGGUGAGGAAGAAGUUGACUGCCAGGGAAGGACGAGGUUGGCUGUCUGGGACCCUCUUCUGUACCCACUUCAGAGUGGCCUUCGUGCCCCAGGACAGUCCCAAACCUGACGACAAUGCAGACCCAGUGCUUUUAGGAGAUCAUGAUGUGGCUUUGGCAUCCAUAGAGAAGGUUGUGGUUGUGGGCCCAAACAGAACCAAACUGGUGACCCCAAACUCCUCGCUGAAGUUCACUCCAGAGGAGCUGGUGCUUUAUUGUAGGGACCUGCGAGUCAUCUGCUUCCUGUUUGACCGCCUCACUCCUGACUCACAAGUCAUAGAGAUAACCUACACCAUCGCCAAGACCUACCAGCCUCCCAAACCAGGGUCAGUUUUAUCUUUCCAGAACGCUGCCCUUGGGAGUGUAGAAAUGAAGCAGUUCCUAAGCAACCGUCGCCGAAACACCCACAUGAACUGGUAUGAGUCUGCUUCAGACUGGGAGCAAGAGCUGGAGAGGUGUGGGGCCACAGGCUGGAGAGUCAGCUCAGUCAACGACCGCUUCGAGAUGUCCACCAGCCUGCCUAGGUUCAUCGUGGUUCCACAGAAGGUUUUAGACACUGAACUGAAGAAAAGCUUUGCCCACUUCAAUGAAGGACGCAUCCCUCGCUGGUGUUGGCGACACCCCAGAGGCAGUGAUCUACUGCGAAUGGCCAGCUUCCAGAACAACAUCUACCAUGAGAAAGACGACAUCAGAAACCUGGAGAUGAUCCUGUUUGGUUGCCAGUCCUCUCUGUGUGUGGUGGUGGAGCUGGGCGAGGAGCUGCCCUCACCUGCUGAUAUCCAGCUGGCACACAGCCGCCUGCGCGCCCUCUGUCUGGGAGAUAUCUCCACAUCUGUAUCAGUGCCUGAUGACAAAUGGUUAUCUACCCUGGAAAGCACACACUGGCUAGACUACACCAGGUCCUGUCUUAAGAAAGCUUCAGAGGUAGCUUGCCUGCUUCGAGGCGGUCACCUGACUGUGGCACUGCAAGAAGCGGACGACCGGGACAUGAGCUGUGUGGUGUCCAGCCUGGUGCAGGUUAUGUGUGACCCCCACUGUCGGACCCAGCAUGGUUUCCAGAGCCUGGUGCAGAAGGAGUGGGUGAUGGCUGGCCACCGCUUCUACAGCCGCAUCAACUACCACCGCGACAACGACAAGGAGGAGGCUCCAGUCUUCCUGCUCUUCCUGGACUGUGUUUGGCAGUUGUUGUCCCAGUAUCCCUCUCGCUUUCAGCUGACAGAUGACUUCCUGUUGGCCUUGCAUGACAGCAUCCACCUGCCACUCUUCUCCAGCUUCCUGGCCAACUGCCAGCGAGAGAGAUGCAAACGCUCCCAGAACCUCGGGCAGUCCUACACUCCAGUCAACGGCUGGAGAGAUGUGCUUCAUCCGGAUUCUUCCUCAGAUCCAUCCGACCCUCCUCUGCCACCGGUGUGGGACUGGGCCCUGCAGUACAGCAAGCAUAGGCUAGACCGUUUCACCCAACCUGUCCCCCCAAUCCCUCCGCUCCAACCGCUGCUCAAUGGCAACCUCAACACCAACCCAGACACAUACAGGCUGACUGACACCAUCCCCGGCUCCGUCUUCCUCCUCUCUCGCGGCACCUUCUCCUGUCCUGCUAACCUGCUUCCUUGGCGCAGCAGCAGUUCAGGCGUUUACAAGAAGAGCCACCGGAGGGCGGCGUCCUCUGAGAACGUGCCUGGCCUGGAGAGGCUGCUGAAAGCCUGGGCCCUGACUGAGUUUCCUCAAGGCCUCACUUCCACCUCCGGACCUCAAGGACCACUUGACCCAUAUGAGCCCAUACUGCCCCUCCUCAUGGGGCCCUGCAUGGGCCUGUGGAGGGAGUGCUACCUCCGGGGGGCGCUCCAUGCACAGGCGUUCUCCCACCCCAUCUCUGCAAACCACCCCCACCCUGUGGAGCGGCUAGCCCGGGAGGUGCAGCAGCUCAAAGACAAGCUAGCACAGGUGUCCACCGGCACGGAUCCAAUCCCACCCACCAAGAUGGCCGAGCCGCGGCGGACCGACACCAACCUGAACCAAAACACCAACAACGGCACCUUCCUCUUUCCAGCGGCGAGGCCUCAGAGCACGACGAUACCCAGAAUGGCACCCCCUCCUACCUCCACCAACCACCUGACCUCCAGGGGCCCUCCGCCCGCCUCAGCUCCACCAUCGAGGCCCGGCCACAAAGACAAUAGCAGCGGCAACAAGCACACCUUCUUAUUUGGCCACUCUUCAGUAACAGAGGCACGCCCUGACCAGCGCUAUUACCCAGCACCCAAUAACGCCAAGCUGCCAAAGAGCAACGGGUCCUCAAUAGCUUCCUGAGGUCUGGUCCACGACUUAACUGUUCUCAUAAAUGAUACAGACCUGCUCCACCCUGUGACCGGGUACUAUAACCACAUCACCUGCCUAGCCUGCACAAUAUGAGACUGACGUAUCCCUCGCUGGUAUCAUGUACUGAGGAGACCCAGAUGUGUGUUUCCGGUCAAACCAUAUUUGAUUGACCACAAGGUGAUUAAAAACAUUUGGGUGGACUACAGUGAACAAUAAUCAGUGCAAGAGCUCUUAACUCUGCUAUUUAUCGUCUGUACUGUAUUAAAAAUGUGACAACUGUUUUGUAUAUUUGUAAAGAAAGUCUUAGUAUUCAAAAUUCCACUAAUGUAUAUAUCUAAGACAAAAAGAAUAAGGGCCGAAGAUGCCUAAUAUAUCAACAGAACUUUAUAAGCACAUCUUGCAGUAUCUUAAAAUGCAGUGGAAAGUGUCAUGACAUAUUUUGUGAGCGUCAUGUCAACCAUCAUGAAAGCUUGAAGUUCCCAUUUUUAGCUUCUUAUCCAAAAUGGGUUACAGUGACUGGGCAGGACAUAGAUAGUGGUGUGAUAAGGUGGUUCUUAAGGGCACUUUGAAAGGCUACAUGGCAGUGAAGAAGAAUACUUUUUUUCAACUGGCUCUUUAGCCCUAUAUUAUGUCAUGUUAAUGUGCAAAAAGAGUUUCUGUAUUUCAACUUCAAAUAGAAAAGUAGAAUAUUGUUUGGAAACCAUCAUUUUUGAACUCCAGGCACUGAGACCAGUGACUUUAAUGUGGAAUUUAGGGCACAAGAGCUAUUUUGGUACUGCUCUCGUAUCUCUCCACUUGCAUGCAUGCUUGGGAGCAGCGAAAGGCCUAUAUUCAGUUCAUAUUAGCCUGGAUGUCUCUGGAUGUGGCAUAAGUCACUGCACAUUAUUGCAGUAUCAUUCAGUUCCUGCAUGAUUGACAAAAUUUCAGGGCUUAAGUAAUCUUAUCUAAACUUUCAUCUUUCAAGCAUAUUUUGGCCUUUAUCGGUCAAUUUUUGAUGUCAUACAUGUAGAUAAGUGUGAUUUCUGGAUUGUUUCUAACCAAAUUUAGUAUUAUUUUGAAAUUUUCUCCAUUUUGUAGUGGAAUUGAAAAACAAAAACAUUCUGCCUUUUGAUUGCAGUACCUUGAGAAGGUACCAGUGUUGGAUGCAAAGGGAAGCUUAUUUCUCCCUGUGUUUACUUUUCAUUUGAUCUCAAUUUUUUUUUUUCCUGCCUGGCGGUAUAUUAGUAUGCAGCAAGCAUUUAGGUCAAGGACUUGGAAGUGUCUGACUGUAUUUAAAGCACAAAGGGAAGUAUCUGGUCCUGUGCCUUUAAAUCCAAACAGGUUGUCGUUCGCAUGAUGUGGGUGUCAAGUAGAUGCACUGGCGUCAUUCCCACGGAUGAAUGAAAUUGCACUGUUGUGUAUUUGAAAAAGCAUGUUUUUCUAAAUUGUAUUUUUAGGCAGGAUAACAGUUGUCAGAUGUAUGAAUGAUGCUGACCUUCUCUCACGUCAAAAGGUACCUCACUUGAUAGCACUAUGAAUUAUUAAAUUGUUGUUAAUAUUCAUUACAUCAAUAUCAGAGCACAUUGAUAACGGCUACAAUUUCAGAGCUUUCCAGGUGUGAUGCCAAUGCAUUUGCUUGUCUUCUAUGGAAAAAAACACAGGGUCAUGUUUGUCAUGUUGCAUGGAAAAUCUAAUUUGAUCUUCUUCUGCACCUGUUGGUCUGUAUCAUUGUAUAAUUUUAUGUUUUUGGUACGAACAUCACUUAAAUUUGCCAGAUGUACAUAUUUUUUGUAUCAGCAUGUUUUGAUUCUGAUAAAUAAAGUGUUAUCAGUUCAUAAACUCUGA